AGAUAAUGCUAGGCGUUAUAUUCCUAUUUAUACUUGGAUAACUUGUGGCACGUGUUUCCGAUACCCUCCCUCCCCAGUUGAGGGAGAAGCCACAAUUUGAAAAGCGGAUAACUACAUAUAUAUCUGGAGGGAUAUAAUCCGUAUCCUAUGCGAGUAAUAAUAAGUUACUGAAGGGUAGAAGCUCACAGGGAAACAAAUAGACGAUGCUGCACCACUAACGCCGUAUUAGAUCCAACAAAUGCCUUCGCUCACACCUAAUAGGCAGAUAAUAUGCGGAAAGGAUAAUUUCGGAGGCCCCCCUUACAUGUCUUAAUAAGAGGUACCUAUUAGGUAGGUUACAGUCCCUCUCCGGUAGGGGGGUAUUUUGUUAGUUUUGAAGUUUUGAGGUUAAUCAACUACCUGCCGGUGGAACCAACAAGACUUUAGGAUCAUGAUGGUAACACAACCUUGGAAAUGGUGACGGUAACAGCUUGCAUUUUCCUCAUUCUUCCUUCUUCCUUUGUUCAAUGUAACUUGCUAUACCUUCUCUCCCAGCUCAGUCAACCCCACCUCAAUUCUCGCAGUAAUGUCUUGGUCCACGGUGCUGGUAGCACUAAUCCCGCUUCUAGUGACAGUAUAUUUCACUAGUUGGGUCUGGUCUAUACUGCAAAACUAUGCGGCUGCCCGCACAAUUGGCAUUCCCAUACGGGUCAUCCCAUUUAGCCCUUUCAAUCCAUUCUGGACCCUCGUCGAUCGAAAGGUUGCUUUGCUUCUCCGCCGCUUGCCGUAUGUUGGAGAGAACACCGUCACUCGCUACAAUUGGCGUGGAUGGGACCUAGAAGAUAGGUGGAAAUCCCACUAUGAGAUGGGAGAUAUCUUCGUUCUGGUGACGCCCCGGUACAACAUGGUUCAACUAAAUGACCCAGAAGCUACUAUGAGCGUCUUCAAGAGGGCCGCAGACUUCCCUAGACCAUGUUGGGUAAACGAUGUCCUUGGUGUCUUCGGCCCAAACAUAUCUUGUGCCGAAGGUCAAUCAUGGAAGAUGCAGCGGAGAGUCGCAACUCGCUGCUUUAAUGAGGCGAACAAUGAGAUCGUGUGGCACGAAACUCUCGGCCUCUCGGAUGAUAUGCUCCGUUAUUGGUCCUCCAAGACUUGCGUCAAAUCCGGCGCUGAAGACAUUCGCACACUCACGCUCAACGUGCUUGCUCGAGCUGGCUUUGGUAAGUCGUUUAAGUUUCGGGGCUACGAGGAGGAGAAACCAGUUGACGAGAUCCGAUCUAUGAGCUACAGGGUAUCCUUAGGUCUCAUUCUAGAGAACCUCAUAGUUAUCUUGGCCCUCGGUCCCAAGACGUUGGCGUCUUUUGCUCGGUACUGGCUCCCUUCCAAGCUGAGGACCGUUAACGAGGCUGUCGUCUCGUUUCAGAAACACAUGACCACCAUGUACGAGGAACAAAAGCGUGCUUUCGCCGCUGGGGAGGAGAACUCAGAUAAUAACCUUAUGACACUCUUGGUCCGCGCCUCACAAGAAGCUGCUAAUGAGCAAUCAGGGGGCCUGACCGAGAGUGAGAUAUAUGGUAAUAUGUUUACCUUCAACUUCGCCGGCCAUGAUACAACAGCCCACAGCUCAACAUUUGCCCUGUACUUUCUUGCGGCAAAUCCCCAAGUCCAGGAUUGGAUUUCCGAGGAGAUCCAGUCCAUCCUCGGAGAUCGACAGCCGCACGAGAUAGAUUAUCGCAGUGACUUUCAACGUUUUAAACGUUGCCUGUCUGUACUAUACGAAACCUUACGCCUUUACACCAUCGUUCCCGCGAUUAAAUGGACCGGCGACCAGGCAACGACGCUUACUGUAAGCGGUAGAACUUUACACCUGCCCGCGAAGACUAUAAUACUACCUAGUUACGGCUCUAUGCAUACAGAUCCCAAGUAUUGGGGACCUGAUUCGCUGGAGUGGCGUCCCUCACGCUGGAUCCGACCUAGCGCUAAUAAACCAGGUGACGAAGAAAUCGACAUGAACCGACGUGGUGUCUUCUUGGGGUGGUCCGAGGGCACGCGCGAUUGUCCCGGUAAAAAGUUCUCCCAGGUUGAGUUCGUGGCUCUCAUGGUGGGUCUAUUCCGGCAGUGGCGAGUAGACCCGGCCAGGAAAUACCCGGAUGAGAGCAUCGAGGCCGCGCGUGGGCGAGUCUUGGACCUUAUUAGGGAAGACAGUGGUUGGGUCUUGCUUCUGCAGAUACUGCAUCCAGAGCGGGCACCUCUGGUAUGGAGGAAAGUAUAGUGAUAGCGGAAGGGAACAAAUAGGAGUAUGAAACAAUAAAAAAUGUAGAAGUUUCAAAGUAAAUAACAUUAUUAAUUAGGUACAUAUCUAUCUAUCGCGAAUAUACUUGUAAUUUAAGUGUA